AUGAUUGCUGCUUCGACGUAUGAACUUCCACAGUGGUCCGUGAUUUUCCGAGUCUUCAUGCCGCGGCCGCAGUCCAAGGAGAUUCUGGACUACGCCCGGGACCAAAGUAGGGAGCAGUCAAGUCGCUGGCAAACCACGCGCUCACCGGACGCUUUGCCUACAACGACAUAUCCAUAUGAACUGGGCUGCAUGGACCCAGAAAAGACGAGAUGUCACAGCAUAGCUGGUGGCCGACAACUUGUGCGUUCCCCAGGCCUGGCUUGCUGGAACAGGGUACCUCGGGUAUCACAAACAUCUGUCGUCGGGCUUGACCUGGAGUCAUCGCUGCUGCACAUCGGGUACUGUGGCUUCAAGGUCGAGGCAGCUUGGGCCAUCGAUUUUUCGGGUGGCCAUCACCUGCACGGCUAA